AUGUCGGACCCAUUCGCGACCCUCGACACGGGCGCGCCGCAGUACAGCUACGGCACGGCGCCCCACCACGGUGGCAUGAAGCAGCAGCAGCCGAUGGGCCAAUUCCAGACCGGCGCCAUGGGCGGACCCUCGGCGAUCCAGACCAGCGGACCGGCGCGGACGCAGCCCUUUAUGACGGCCCAGGCGCACUCGACCAACCCCUUCAUGGACGCCGGGCCAUCGAACGUCUUUCCGCAGCCUGCAUAUAAUGCGCCACCGCAGAGCUACAACCCGCCGCCGCAGAACUACAAUGCGCCACCGCAAAACUACAACAUGCCGCAGCCCGCCACGUACAACACGCAGCCCGGCAUGUACCAGCAACAACAGUUCGCGCCGCCAGCGUACCCGGCGCAGGCCAACCCAUUUGCAAACAACCCGUUUGGGGCGCAGCCGCCGCCGCGUCCGUUGUCGGUGAAUCCGUCGGCGCCGCCGCUGUCGCUCAAGACGAACGACCCGACGAUCGUGGACUUUGAUCCGUUUAGCCCCAAGGACUCGACGCCGCGUCUGCCCUUCGACUUUGCUACGUCGCCGUCCGCAGCCCUUGCCGAGCGAACCGCCUCGCCACGGGUGACGCAAGAGGCGGCGCGCAAGGCGCUCGACCCGAACGCGUUCACGCCCGUGACACGUCGCCACUCGGUCAAAGACAUUCUGGACGUCGAGAAAAUGAGCAUGGACGCGCAGCGGGCCGCGGACGACAACGGCUUUACGAUGGCCCAGACGUCCGAGAUCCUCGCGCAGAACGGUUUCUCCAACGUUGACGACGACGCGUUCAACCCACGGAGCCUCUCGCGCCGGUCGAGCUCGUCGUCCAUGAACGAGCGAAGCGCACGGCCGCUGCCGCAAGACCUGCCUGCGCAAAUGGAGCCGGAUGAGUACGAGGUCAUCUUUGAGUUUGGCUCCAAGCUCGGCGUGCUCAUGGAACGCGUGGACACGUACUCGAAGGAUACCCGCCAGAAGCGCGAGCUCGCAGUUGUCAAGCUCGUUGUCGAAGGCGGCGCCGCAGACCGCAUCGGCGUCAAGGUUGGCAGCAUCAUCCGAGGCAUCAACGACCGCGACUUGAUGUACGAGAGCUACAACACGGUGCUGGACCUGAUCAAGACGGCGCCGCGGCCAAUGACGAUCCGCCUCAAAGACCGCAGCGAGACCAAAGAGGUGACGCAGGGCGCCGUCCUCACGCGCAUCUCCAACGGCACCUUUAGCGUCGGCAACCUCACGUCCGGCAACGCCAAGUGGGACAGCAAGUACUUUGCAUUUGGUGGGGCCAAGAUGGACGUCCUCCAGCUCUUCGUCUCGCGCGCUGCGUACCACGAGUGCGUCAUUGCGCUGUACGAGAAGCGGCACGUCUCGACGCCGAUCCAGUCGUUCCGGCUCUGCCGCGACCACAAGCUGUCGCCGAUCAAGAGCAAGAUCUACAAGGGCUACGGCAACUUGCACUACUUUUCGCUCACGGUGCCGUCGCUGCGCUUCAUCGCGGCCAAGUUUGCGAGCGAGAACUACGAGACGAUCAAGACCAUGUGGCAGCUCGCGUUCGAAGCCAUCGAAAAGAAGAAGCGCAUGGGCUACUAA